ACUGCACUAGAACUUAAUCUUGUUACCAGAAGUAUCAACUCUUAAAUAUGUACUUAUAAAAUCAAAAUUUAAUCAUGGCGUAUUUUCCGGUGAAGGGACCCUGCAGGUAAGGGUAGUCCGUCCCUGCACCCGCAUACUCGCACUUACAUACAUAAAUACAUUUACAUGUUUAAUGCAAGUAAUUUAAUACAACGAUUAUAAAAUAAUAGUAUUAGCUUUCACGGAUUCUCCUCAAACCCACUCACCAGAUUUCACGGAUUGUUGUUGUUGUUGGUAUUUAUUCUUUAAAGUUGUAUAGGUGGCUGAGGAUGCCUUGCCCUUUAUAUAUAUGGAGCUACAUAAUGUUGUGAUCAGAAAACUAGCAACCUCUAUAUCGAGUUAAGCUACAUAUCGAGUUAAGCUACAUAUCUAUUGAGAUGAUGGAUCACUUAAUCAUUCCAAUUCUGCUUUCUCUCGUCUUUGUAAUCACUUUAAAAUAUUUCUAUCCAUCAAAAGCAAAAUUACCACUUCCUCCAGGUCCAUUUCCAUAUCCAUUUGUUGGAAACCUUUUCCAAGUAGGUAGAAAACGUCCUCAUGCUUCUCUAGCAAAGCUAGCUCAAUCCCAUGGUCCUGAUUUAAUGUCCAUAAGGUUCGGUACACGACUCGUAGUCGUGGCCUCAUCUCCUGCUGCUGCUUCUGAAGUUCUUAAAACACAUGAUCGUAUGCUUUCUGGCCGUUUCGUUUCUCAUCCCAUCCGAGUCAAAGGGUCGAGACUUCACAAUGUGUCAACUGCUUUCCUAGAAGAGUGUGAUGAUAAUUGGAAAAGCGUUCGAACCAUAUACAGGGGAGUCCUAUUUUCUACAAAGGCUCUGGAAUCACAGGUAAGUCUGAGGGAGAAGAAAAUCAAGGAAAUGAUGCAACAUGUAGCUUCCAACCAAGGCCAAGUGAUUAAAUUCAAGUUCGUGAUUUUUGUGACUGCGUUAAAUGUAUUGGGUAAUUUGCUUUUUUCAAUAGAUUUGAUUGAUUUUGAAGGAAAGGGGGUGGGUGCAGGACUAAGGGAGUACUUACGCAGAUUUACAGAGGCGGGUGGCAUACUGGAAUUAGCAGAUUUGUAUCCUAUAUUGGGUAUUUGCAGUUCGGAUUUUCAGGGAACGUAUAAGAAACUUAUGGGUUUGUUUGAUAAUCUUUGUACUGUUUGGGCAGCCAUUGUUCAGGACAGAAGAAAGAGAGAAAGUCAACCUUAUAUAGAUGCUGUUGAUUUUGUAGAUGCUAUGGUUAAAAAUGGUUUCACUGAUAAACAUAUCAAUGCACUGCUUGUGGAAAUAUUUGGAGCUGGAACAGAAUCUACAACUGCUACUAGUGAAUGGAUGCUUGUAGAGCUCCUUAGAAAUCCACAAGCCAUGCAAAAACUCCGGGAUGAAAUUGCAGAAGUAGUAGGAGGUAAGGAUGUUAUAAAGGAAUCAGCUUUGCCAAGCUUACCAUACUUGGAUGCUUGUUUUAAAGAGACACUAAGGUUGCAUCCCCCUGGACCGCUUUUGCUUCCUCAUCGUGCCGUGCAAACAUGUGAAGUCAUGGGUUACAGAAUUCCCAAAGACACACAAGUGUUGGUCAAUAUGUGGGCAAUUGCAAGGGAUACUAAGAUUUGGGAUGAUCCUUCGAGCUUCAAACCUGAAAGAUUUAUCAAUUCAAAAAUAGAUCACAAAGGGUGAAAUUUUGAGUAUAUCCCUUUUGGUUCAGGAAGAAGAAUAUGUGCUGGAGAACCCCUAGCUGCUAGGUUUAUUCCCUUGUCUGUUGCUUCUUUGAUCCAUAAGUUUGAUUGGAUUCUACCAAAUGAAAUGGAUCCGGCUAAUAUUAACAUGGAUGAGACAUUGGAUAUCACAAUGUUUAAGAAAGAUUCACUUCUUGUCAUUCCUAAGUUGCGGAAACAAGCAAAAGAGUGAGGGAUAGAGAAGCCGAUCGGUGACAUGGUAAAACAUCCAUUAUCACUUUAUGUUUAUGGAAUGAGUAAUUUUAUAAUGUGUCUGUUCAUGUUGUGUGUCUACUACGUCGUGAGAUUGUCUCUAAAUAACUUUCACGAUAUAAAACUUCUUGCAAUAAUGAGAAUGUUAUUUCUCUUCUUUU